GCUGGUUCAAAUGUGGUAGUUGUUAUUAUGUUGAGAGGUUCUAUUUUGCCUGAAACAAAGCCCGUGUAUCUUCUUCCUAAAGAGAAAAACUCUUGUGUUUUAAUAUCUGAUGUAAUUAUUUUGCAAUGUUUAUUCGUCUUUGUCGGUGCUUCUACAAUCAUCUUUUGCGUGUGGACACCAGAGCAUUCCACAGAAGACUACGACAAACUUGCCCGCAUCAUGUACUUGUACGAUCCUCUGGCCUGCGGCUACAACCUGCGAGGGUCGAGCUCCAUCACCACGCUGCAGCUCAGUAAUGAGACGCAUGGAUUGAACCUGCGGCCUAUCAAAUACACUUCGGCGAUUAUCACUGUGUCUACCAAACUGUCUUCAAAGACCAGGAAUUACAUAAAUCUCAGCAUAUUUAUCCACGUGAUAUGGCUUAUCGUUGCGUGCGCCCUACGUAUACUUAGAUUUGCGAAGAAACUUCGGAUCUUAGUGUUAACACUCAACGCGACCUUCUACGUCACCGUGUUUGUCAUUCUGUUCGACAUCUCAAUGGCUAUUGUGUACAUCGCUCACGUACAGCAAAGUUUGACGACAGGGAUGAUUUUAAGACUCAGCGGAUGGGGUGUUGAAAUGAAGCUGAAACAUUUCGACAACUUUGGGGGGUGGUAUCCAAUGGUAGCGUCGCUUUGCUGGCUUCGUGGAAUUAUCAUAUUUAUCAUCAACAUAUACAUGGCAACGGUAAUAUUAUUUAUGCUACGGCGACUGAGAAAAAGUGAAUUUAAAAAGAAGUUGAACCUGAGAGAGAACCUUCCAAUUCCUGAUGCCAGCUAUGACUUAAACUUGAAGAACAAUGUGCUUUAUUUUCGCGCUGGCGAGAAUGAACCUAUAGUUAUGAAUAAGCCAUUUGAAAGAUCGUAUUAUUGA